AUGGCCAGAGAUCAGCUAGAGGUGCUGAAUGCGCUGGACGUGGCCAAGACCCAGCUGUACCACUUCACGGCCAUCGUGAUUGCGGGCAUGGGCUUCUUCACAGACGCCUACGACCUCUUCAGCAUCUCCCUCGUCUCCAGGCUCCUCGGCCGCAUCUACUACACCAAGCACGGCGCCCCAAAACCCGGAACUCUCCCCCCGGCCGUCUCGUCCUCCGUCACCGGCGUCGCCCUCGUCGGCACCCUCGCCGGCCAGCUCUUCUUCGGUUGGCUCGGCGACAAGAUGGGCCGCAAGCGCGUCUAUGGCCUUACCCUAAUCCUCAUGGUCGUCUCCUCCGUGGCCUCCGGCCUCUCCUUCGGGUCCUCCCCACGGGGCGUCAUGGCCACACUUUGCUUCUUCCGAUUCUGGCUCGGCUUCGGCAUCGGGGGCGACUACCCCCUCUCUGCCACCAUCAUGUCCGAGUACGCCAACAAGAAGACCCGCGGGGCCUUCAUAGCCGCCGUCUUCGCCAUGCAGGGCUUCGGCAUCCUCUUUAGCGGCGUCCUCUCUCUCGUAGUGGCCGCCGCCUUCGACUCCAGGUUCCCGGCCCCCGCGUACCAAGACAACGCCCCCGGGUCCCUCGUCCCCGAGGCCGACUACGUCUGGCGGAUCAUUCUCAUGUUCGGGGCGCUCCCCGCGGCCCUGACCUUCUACUGGCGCAUGAAGAUGCCCGAGACCGCACGCUACACGGCACUGGUCGCCAGGAACGCGAAGCAGGCGGCCCAGGACAUGUCCAAGGUGCUCAACGUCGAGCUCGAGGCCGAGGUCAACGAAAUCACCACCAACAACUUCGGGCUCUUCUCCCGGGAGUUUGUCAGGCGGCACGGGCUCCACCUGUUCGGGACCACGUCCACGUGGUUCCUCCUAGACAUCGCGUUCUACAGCCAGAACCUAUUCCAGAAAGACGUGCUCACGGGAGUGGGCUGGAUUCCGCCGGCCAAGACGAUGAAUGCGGUGCACGAGGUGUACCGGGUGGCGCGGGCCCAGACGCUGAUCGCUCUCUGCGGGACCGUGCCGGGCUACUGGUUCACAGUGGCAUUCAUCGACAAAAUAGGCCGAUUCGCAAUCCAGCUGAUGGGCUUCUUCUUCAUGACGGUGUUCAUGUUCGCGAUAGCCAUACCUUACGACCACUGGAGGGAGAGGUCGCACAUCGGGUUUGUGGUCAUGUACGGGCUCACAUUCUUCUUCGCCAACUUCGGGCCGAACGCGACCACGUUCGUGGUCCCUGCUGAGAUCUUCCCGGCCCGGUUGAGGUCGACUUGCCACGGGAUAUCGGCAGCUGCCGGGAAGGCCGGAGCAAUUGUGGGGGCAUAUGGGUUUCUGUACGCGGCACAGAAUACGGACAAGACGAAGACGGACGCGGGUUAUCCGCCGGGUAUCGGGAUCAAGAACUCGUUAAUAGUUCUGGGAGUUAUUAAUGCGAUCGGGAUGCUUUGCACGUUUGCGGUGCCGGAGGCCAAGGGUAAGUCGCUGGAGGAGGCGUCGCAGGAGAACGUGGAGGAGAGUAAUGUGGUUGAAGGGGCUUGA